AUGGACCGUCAACAUAAUGUUACAUAUAUAACUCUGGAUGGGUUUGUAGACAUGAGCACAUACAGAUAUCUUUAUUUUUCACUCAUCUUCACAGAGUAUGCCUUGAUUAUCUGCUUCAACGUCUCCAUCGUGUCUCUCAUCUGGGUUCAUAAAAGUCUCCAUGAUCCCAUGUACGUCUUCAUUGCUGCUCUGCUUUUCAACUCAGUUCUCUACAGCAGCACCGUCUAUCCAAAGCUGCUCCUGGACUUUCUAUCUAGCAAGCAGAUCAUUUCUUAUUCAAUGUGUCUUUUCCAAUUUUUUAUUAACUACUCUCUGGGUGGCUCAGAGUUCCUGCUUCUGGCAGCCAUGGCCUACGACAGAUACGUGUCCAUCUGUCGGCCUCUGCUGUAUCCCAGCAUCAUGAAGAGAAGCACCGUUAGCAUGUUUCUUGUGUUGGCUUGGCUUCUACCUGCCUGUCAGAUCGUUGUUCUGACAACACUGAGUGCUAAUAUGAAACUGUGCAACUUCACUUUAAAUGGCAUUUUCUGUAAUAAUUCCAUCUACAGUCUUUACUGUGUGAGCUCCACAGCUCGGUCUAUUCUUGGAGUAGUUGCGCUGACGCUCACGGCUAUUCUCCCUCUGCUCUUCAUCCUCUUCACCUACACCAGGAUCCUGGUCAUAUCGUACCACAGCGGUAGAAUCGUCAGGAGGAAAGCUGCUCACACCUGUUUUCCCCACUUGCUGGUUCUGCUCAGCUUCUCCUGUCUGUGUGUGUUCGAUGUCACUAUAGCUCGACUGGGGUCAGAUUUGCCUAAAGCGGCACAUUUGGUCAUGACUUUACAAACUAUGUUAUAUCAUCCCAUAUUCAAUCCAGUAAUAUAUGGUGUCAAGAUGAAAGAAAUCUCCAAACACCUGAAGAGAGUUUUCUGCUAA